AUGUGUGAAAAAGUCGAUUUAUCUCAAGGUAUCGGAAAAUUGAAGGGCAAUAUUAUCCUCUGGAUUUGUUCUAUUGGAUUGAUCGUUUUGGGCAUAUUUCUGGUAGUUUGCUAGUAAGCUCGAAAACUAAAGAAAAUUUUUCUGUCAAAAAAUAAAAAAAAUUCCAGCUUCCACCAUGGCACCGGUUUCGAAAGUCUUUGUUUGGGAAUUUUCAUGAUCUUUGUUAUAUUUUUCCCGCAUAAAUGGAUGGUUAUUACUUCUUUGGUUUUUCAAAUAUUAUGCUCAAUUUAUUUGGUAGUUGCCGGAAUUCGAAUUGUUAUUCAUCACAUUGAGCAUGAAUAUGAUCAUGAUGAUAAAAAACACGGAUCUAUUGGUAAGAAAACUUUGGAAGAUCCACGUAUUUUGUUUUUUUUUCAGUCUGGGUCAUAAUUUUCUUCCUCGCUUUUGCAUUCGUGGCCGUUUUUGCCAUUUUUUCCUGCAUCGUUUAUGUGAAAUCACUUUUGGCGUAAGUUUUGAUACCAAAAAGGGGCCUUUUUUAUCGACCCACGAAGCCUCUAAAAUUUAUUUUUAAGAAGCAGUGGCGGUGGUGGAAGAGGAUCGUAUUCAAAAACAACUUCGACUGAUUCAACUUAA